GACUUGCCGUUUGCUUUAACGCUGUUUGGUGAAGCCGCAACGCGCAAUCCUCUCUCUCCCUCCCACAUCUCACCGUACCCCAACCCCAAACCCUAGGCACGCAGCGCCGCCGCCGCCUGAGCACCGCCACCCGCAGCAAGAUGAGGCCGCGCGGCAGGGGCGACGACGUCGAAGACGACGAUGACGAGGACGAGUACGAGGACAUCACGCCGCCUCGAAGAACGCCAGAGCCCGAGGCCGACCCCGCCCCUGCCCCUGAUCCCUCGCCCUCGCCCUCGCCCGCCCCCGCCCCCGCCCCCGCCCCGCCGCAGCCCGCGCGUGCCCCGCUCAGCAGCCUCGUCGUCAGGCCGCCGCCGCCGCAGGAGAACGGCGGGGGAUCCUCCCCGCACUCACCCUCCGCCCGCUCGCCCUCUCCCAGCGCCGGCAGACACCGAGGCCGCGGGGCCUCGUCACCCCGGCGACGGCGGGACUUCUCUCCGCCGCCUCCCCGCGGUUGGGAGAGGCGCCGGUCGCCUCCGCCGCAGCCGCCGGAGAGGCGGCGUCCUGGGAGCCCGCCGCCCCAGCGCCGACGCUUCACUCCACCGCCACGGUUCCAGCCACCGCGGCAUCCGCGCUUCCACGAUGAGCAGCAAGGAUAUGGAAUGCAUGCAGGCCCUUCGCCACCACGCCCACGCAGAGCAGAAGCCAGCAAAUUUGAUGAUGAUGUUGGUCCACGUUACACCCAUGGAUAUCAUGGUGGUGGUAGAGGAGGUGCAAGGUUCCGAGAGGGUUCUCCGCCAUAUGGAAGAGGAGGCAGAUCAUAUGGGAGAGGCUAUGGUGCUCCACAUGGAAAGGAUUUCAUUAAUAUUGAUGGACAAUAUGUUCACCGAAAUGACCCAAAUCUGUCGCCAAGAGAAGGUGAUUGGAUAUGCCAGAACCCUAACUGUGGAAAUCUCAAUUUUGCUCGGCGCACUCACUGUAACAACUGCAACAAGUUCCGCUAUUCAUCACAUGAAGCAUAUGAGCCUAGGCGCAGCCCCCCCUUCAGGGGUUACCCCAGCUCUCCACGAGGGCCUCCAAGGAUUGGUCCACCUGGUGAUCGUGCCCCUGCAAGAGAGAUGACCAGGUACAGAUCACCACCUCAUGGUUGGGGAGCAAGUGAUCCUAGGGCAUAUGCAGCUCGAUCCCCUCCAGAACGUGCAGGACGGUUUACAGAUCCAUCACCUAAGGAAAGAAUGGGCUUCCGUGGUGAGCGCGACCCAAGGGACCGUGUGAAAUUUGAGUGGUCUGCCACUGAUGACUACAUUCAGAGGGAGCGCCCACAUGAUGGUUAUCUUGACAGGAGUCAGCGUCACUCAGGAUCUCCUCGUGGUAACUGGGGAAAUGAUCUGCGUGAUAGAAGCCGCUCUCCUCCAAGGAACAGGCCUAUGAAGAAUUCCUUCACCGGCAGAGGUCGGCCUGAUGACUAUGCUGCUGAUCGAUAUGCCAGCCGUGGGCGUGGGCAUGUUUACAGACCAGGCAGUGGCCCAUACCCUGGUGAGGGUCGAGGUGGCCGACGUGCUGCACCACGUGCUAGGCACGAAGAUGGCUAUUAGAUCAUCUUGAUGAAGCUGGUGAGUGACGUCAUUUUGUCUUAGUUGGCCAGGAAAGGAAAACCCUAGUCAAGCUGGAGUUGAGAAUAUCUGCAGCUUGUAAUUUUUAAAGAUCGUGCACUGUGUCCCUAAACCAUGGUAACUGUGUUCCUCCAUGUUGUGAAGUUAUGACUAGCUUGUGUCAUCCUCAGGACCGGAUCUUGUUAAGGGACGUACACCCAAAAAUUUCUGCAAAAUGUUACAAAUUAGUAAUAAUUUCUGCAAAAAGUUAGAAUGUCA